AUGAGCAAUAUAUCCAAGAAGAUCAAUUUGUUCCACAAGGAUUCGCCCAACAAGGUCAUCAUUCCCAGAACGGGUCGUUACCACAACAUAAAACUCAGUCGUGGAAUCAGCAGUAUUCUCAACAAGGUCAACCUCAAUUAUAUCAACAAAAUCAACAACCCCAACAACAGCAGUACUACCAACAAAGUCAAGACCAAUUCUACCAAAGUCAACCCCAAGGUCAAUAUCAACAAUACCAGAAUGAUCAACAAGAUGGGUAUAACCAAAGUCAACAACAGCGUACCCGAUCAGUAG